AUGGCCGUUUCAAUCAAAAAGGAAAAGACAAAAUUUGCUCCUGUUAAGGAAGUUUUAUCUGAGAAAGAUCAUGAUAAUUACGCAAAAUUCCAGGAUACAUCGAAACUAGAAUGGUUUUGUAGGACGUCAAACCACAAAAAGUUCAAAUCACAUAGUUUGUUGAAAGCAGUAAGAAAUCCAACGGAAACGAGAAUUGAGACGCAAACUCUGUACUUUACGGAUCUUACCAACGGCAAAUGUGGAUUCAUCCAACUCUUAUAUUCCAGUGUUAUGGGCGGUAUAUAUAAAGGAUUUCAGUUGAAUUUUAAAGUAUUCAAAGCUAGUAGUGGAGAAGAAUCUGAAGAAGACAUUGAUAUAUGGGAAAGCUUCAAAAUUGAUAAUAUCAAAGAUUUUGAUACGUUGAAGGUUGAAUCGGACAACGUCACGUUUCACUUUGUACCUUUGAAAGAAUCUUCGUCUAGUGGGUUUGCUCAAUUAUUGAUUAAGAUAGAUAUUCCGAAGGGGAGUACGAGCUGUUUACUAAAGGAUUUGAAAGUUGACAUGACCGUAAAUCUACAAGAAGGUUUCAUAAUAAAUCCGGAUGGCUCCAACUAUUACCUUGAUAAGAGCAUCAGCUUAGAAGAAUUAGCUAAAAGAGACUCUUCUAGUACGUCUAGAAGAAUGAUAAGACAUGUUUUUGUUCCUAGAGGUUUUUGCAAUGGUACCAUAUCAUACAAAAAAAAGGAUAAACUUGUGAAGCUGGACUUGAAAGACACGCCUAUGUUAUACUUGGAUGCUGUUCAAGGGCUAAUACCUAACAAGGCGGCUAGUAAAUGGAACUUUCUUUGUUUCAAUGGUAAGAAGCGUUCGAUGAUGUGUAUUGAAUUUACCACAACAAAAGAAUAUGGCAGCACUACAGUGACUAUAUGGGCGGUUAGUGAUAAAGAAAGAAUUCUAGAAGUUGGUUCAAGUGUAAAUGAUCAUGCUGUCAAAUUCCCAUCAACACAAGAGGAUAAACAAAAUGGUUGGAAAUACCCUACAUCUAUUUCAUUCCCGCGUGGCUUUGAAGAAUCUAACUUAAGAUUAGUCAAUAGGUACGAUAUAAUGAGCGAGCUUCCCGCUUUCAUUAGAUCUAUUGCUGAAAACUUAGCGAACAUGAAGCCGUUCAUCUACCAAUUUUGCCAGAAAUCAAAGUUUGAUGAUGAUGAAGGGGUUUCCAUCAUUGAAAGUACAUUUAUCAAUUGA